AUGGCUGAGGGUUUUUUUCCCCCCCCCAAAAGGGUCCGAUGGGAAUUUCUAUCUUCAAGGACUCCAAACUGUGGUAGCUGGUUUGUUUUCUUUUGGGGGUGGGUGUGUUCUUUAAAUUGUCCCCCCUCCAGUGCAAAAAAUGGAUGGAAAGGACUAGGAGGGCUGACUCCACUCCCUAAUGUGGAGGUGGGGGGAAUGUUUCAUUGUAGGACACAAGAGGCUUAAGUAUGGCAAAGCCUCUCAUAUCAUGAUUUAUUUGUCAUAAGCAAAUAAAAUGCGGUUAAGCUGUCUCCUCCUAGACAGACGGCUCUUUGCUUAUUAAAGUUCCGAGAGAGGAUUCCGCGAGGCCGGCCCCUUUUCUCCUGCAUAAGAAGGUAUCGUUUUCCUCGGAGGUGUUUAAGGCUUUAAUGAGUCUAAUUUUUUGCACAGAUGUUUCUGGGUGUUUGCAGGUUUUCAGAGUAUUUUUAUAUUACAAAGGAGCUAGCCGGUGCCAUAGCUCAAACUCUGACAAGCAAAUAGAUAAUCAAGAAGACAAAUGGCCUCUUUUGUGAAGCCCUGCUCCUGUAUUAAUUUUCAUUUUCUUUCUCAUAGAAAGUAUCGAAAGUACGACUGGGGACCAAAUCGCUUUCUGUCUCGGAGGUCCCAGUCACCCCUAGAAUGGAGUGGGGGAAGGGAAUGCAGGUGACCCUCAGAAGUUCUGUUAAGUGUGGGCCGCUUUUGUGCAGUACCCACGAGAAGUUUGAAGGUCUGGGGGCUCCAGCCUGAGCUCUCUGGUCCUGUGGUGGCCCCGGGUAUAGACCCUGCCUCCAGAGAGCCCAGGGCUGGGGAGAGCAUAUGAAUGAAAAGUGGUUGGUUGUUUUAGUCCCCUCUCCCUUUAGAAAAUAAAAAUAGCCAAUUCCACCCACACAUUUUAUUGUUAUUUCUUUAUUGUGUUCCCCUGAUUUGCAGCACCCGGGAAUUUGAAGCUGGGUAGGGCCAAGGGACCGAGGGGGCUGGUGUCCCUAGCACUGAGAAAGGGUUGAACUGCCUGUUUAAAUGCUGCGGAGAGAUUCGUAAAAAAUCGCCCAGACCUGGAGGAUGAGAGCAGCCAGCUUUGUUCGAUCCAUUUUGGUGUGAUGUUUAGCUGCCAGGAGAUGCGACUGCCCUUAGCAGAGGGAGAAAAUAGUUCUUAAAAAGCAUAUGCCCCCCCAGGAAUGCCUCUAUAGAACCAAAUCAAAGCUACUCCUUGGAAGGUAUGAAUAGAAUAAAAAAAAGAUUUCUAUGGAGCUUAAAGUUCACAGCCAUUCUGUGUAGACAAGAGCUAAGAAAAAUGUGAGAAUUAUACAGAAAACCAUUAAUCACUUCUUUUCUUUAAAUACGUAUCCUCUCUCCUUUGUUAUUAUUCAACAGCAAAUCUCCGCAGACCGGCUGUUGGGGGGAAAAAGUGUUAGCCGCCUCUCCCAGAUCUGCGAGGGGGAAAAAUUUUGGAACCGUAAAGUUGAAAACUUUUUUCUCUCAGUUUGGAAGAAGCCCUUCGCCAUGAAUGGGAUUCGAGGAGUUCGGGGCGAGAGGAGGCGAGAGGCGCAAAGGAGGGGAGAUUUCUCGCCUGCCGCUCGCGCUGGGGCUCGAUGUGAAUAUAUAUUAUGUCUGCCUGUUCUCCCCUCGUCGGUGGCUAAGGUCAGCGGCUCCGAACAGACCCCGGGAGGAGGGGGGCAGAAAGGGGAGGGGGGGUCCGGCGCCUCACGUGACCCCCAGGGGUGCCAAUGUCCGGUCGUGAGGGUAUCAGGCCCUUGCAAGUUGCCACCCACUGCCCGGGUUUCGCCCAGCGAUGCAGAAAGCCACCUACUACGACAACGCCUCGGCUGCACUCUUCGGAGGCUACUCCUCGUACCCUGGCAGUAAUGGCUUCGGCUACGAUGGUGCCCCCCCACCCCCCUUCCAGGCCGCCACGCACCUGGAGGGUGACUACCAGCGCUCGGCGUGCUCGCUGCAAUCCCUGGGCAACGCCGCCCCGCAUGCUAAGAGCAAGGAGCUCAACGGCAGCUGCAUGAGGCCGGGCCUGGCCCCCGAGCCCCUGCCCGCCCCGCCCGGCUCACCCCCGCCCAGCGCCGCACCUACCAGUACCACUAGCAACAGCAGCAGUGGGGGCGGGGCCGGCAAAAGCGGCCCCCCCAAAUGCGGUCCCGGCUCCAACUCCACCCUCACCAAACAGAUAUUCCCCUGGAUGAAAGAGUCGAGGCAAACGUCCAAGCUGAAAAACAGCUCCCCCGGCACAGCGGAGGGCUGCGGUGGUGGCGGCGGCGGAGGCGGCGCAGGCGGAGGCGGAGGCGGUAGCGGCGGCGGCGGGGGCGGCAGCGGCGGCGGGGGAGGGGACAAGAGCCCCCCGGGAUCGGCGGCGUCCAAGCGGGCGCGGACGGCAUACACGAGCGCGCAGCUGGUGGAGCUGGAAAAGGAGUUCCACUUCAACCGCUACCUGUGCCGGCCGCGCCGCGUGGAGAUGGCCAACCUGCUGAACCUCAGCGAGCGGCAGAUCAAGAUCUGGUUCCAGAACCGGCGCAUGAAGUACAAGAAGGACCAGAAGGCCAAGGGCCUGGCCUCGUCGUCGGGGGGCCCGUCCCCCGCCGGCAGCCCCCCGCAGCCCAUGCAGUCCACGGCCGGCUUCAUGAACGCCUUACACUCCAUGACCCCCAGCUACGAGAGCCCGUCCCCGCCCACCUUCGGCAAAGCCCACCCGAAUGCCUACGCGCUGUCCUCCAACUACCAGCCCUCUCUCAAAGGCUGCGGCGCCCCGCAGAAAUACCCGCCCACGCCGGCGCCCGAUUACGAGCCCCACGUUCUCCAAGCCAACGGGGGCGCCUACGGGACGCCCACCAUGCAGGGUAGCCCGGUGUACGUGGGCGGGGGCGGCUACGUGGAUCCGCUGCCGCCCCCUGCCGGCCCCUCCCUCUACGGCCUCAACCACCUUUCCCACCACCCCUCGGGGAACCUGGACUACAACGGGGCGCCCCCUAUGGCCCCCAGCCAGCACCACGGACCCUGCGACCCCCACCCCACCUACACAGACCUCUCCUCUCACCAUGCGCCUCCUCCUCAGGGUAGAAUCCAAGAAGCGCCCAAGUUAACACACCUGUGA